GAGGCGCGCAGAUCAGUGCCUGCAACGUGCGGGGCCGCGCAUAGGCGAGCGUGUGAGGGUGUAUAGGGCGGGCGCUCUGGCGUCCGGUCCAGUCAGUAGUGGCCCGCAAGCGGUGGCAGCAGGACGGACAAUCAGCUCAGAGACAACAUGAACGCCCCGCUCACCGUGCUCCUCGCCGUGCUCGCCGUCCUGGACCUGACCGCCGCCCUGCACCUAGCCGCCUCCUCCGCCGACAACACAGCCGUCGGCCCCGAUCAGCCCCUCCCCGUCAGCGUCGACCCUGCGGCCGCGCCGCCAGCGCCGCCCGCCCUCCUCGCGGCCACUCAAACUCGAGGGGCCGAGGCCGUGGGCGCCGUAGACGCACAGCCAAAGCCGCCCGCACUCCUCGCGGCCACCCGCACCCAAGGGGCCGAGGCUGUGGGUGCCGUGGGCACGGCAGCGGCCCUGUCGAGGCGCCGGCGGCACAUGGUGUUCAGGCCGCUGUUCGCCUCUCGGCAGCGGAACAACGCCAGGUCCGGCCGCAGGCGGGCGAACGGCUUCUGAUAUGACGACGAGUCGAGGCAGAGCAACUAUAAUGACAAUAACAAAAAAAAUAUAUCGCUUUCCUCUCCCAAA